AUGCAAGGUGGUCCCUUAAAAAUAACUUAAUUAACAAAUAUAACUAGUUUAGGUAUAGAUCCUUAAUACUUAAAAUUGAACUCUACAAGUUUUGAGUCAGAAAAAACAAUAUGCAUAAACGACAAGAAUCCCUAAGGAUAAAAUUAAUUGACUUAAAUAUAACUAGACAAUAACUUUAAUGUAAAUAGAAAAGCCAACAAAGCUGAGUUUUCACUUCUUCAUCCUCUUAAAAAUAUAAUGGCACUUAGGGCAACAAGUCAAACUGGUUCAUAUGUCCAGGUAUGGAAUCUUGAUUAAAAGUAAAAGCUAAAACAUAUAGAUUUGACAGAACCUAUAGUAUAUAUGACAUGGGUAAAUCCUUAAAUUUUAGCUUUGGUAACCCCCACAACUGUAUAUCAUAGUGAUUUAGGUUCAUAAGAAACUUAUGUUAAAAUAUUAGAAAGAUUUGGAGAUUUAUCUAAUGGAUAAAGUUAAAUAAUAGGUUAUAAAUUAGCUCCUUAAGGGAAUUGGUGUGCUAUAUAUGGAAUUGCAUCUCCAGAUAGAAUAAAUAUAAACGGUACAAUUCAACUAUUCAAACUAGGAGAAGGGAAAUAGUAAAUGUUAUAAGGACAUUGCUGUUGUUUUGGAAUGGCAAAAGUACACAAUGAUACCCAUAUGUCGACCUUACUAUGCUUUUUCGAAAAAAAAAUCGGAGAGCCUAUGGGUAAAGUUCAAAUUAACGAAAUUUCGGUAGUCCCAGAAGGUCUUUAGAAACACAAAAUAACAUGCGAAUUUCCUACAAAUCCUCAAUUCCCGAAUGAUUUUCCUAUUUAUAUGUAAGUUUCAUAGAAAUAUGGGUAGUUGUUUGUAAUAACUAAAAAUGGAUUUAUUUAUUUAUAUGAGAUUAUGUCAGGAAGCUUAAUUUUUUAAAAUAGAAUUUCUGAUUCUACCAUCUUUAUUGGAACUUAAGAUAAUAGGGAAGAUGGUGUUUAUACUUUAGCAAAAAAUGGUUAACUUUUGUUGAUUUAAAUUGAUCCUUUGGCACUUGUACCUCAUAUAAUGAAUGUUUGUUAAAAUUUACCAAAUGUAACUUAAUUUGCCUUCAAAUUAGCUGCUAGGUAUAAACUUCCUGGAAUGGAUAAUAUGUUUUAAGAUUAAUUUAAUAAAUGUAUGGCUAAUGCAGAUUAUGCAAGAGCAGCUUAGGUUGCAGCGAAUGCGCCUGGAGAAUUAAUUAGAAAUGCUUAGACUAUUUAAAAAUUCAAGUCUUUGUAAGGAACUCCUUCCCCACUUUUAGUGUACUUUUAGACUCUUUUAUAAAAAGGAAGCUUGAAUGCUUUGGAAUCAGUUGAAUUAUGUAAACUUGUAUUAGGAUAAGGUAGAAAGAACUUUGUGGAAUAAUGGCUUAAGGAAAACAAACUUGAAAACUCUGAAUUAUUAGGAGACGUAAUAAGCUAAUUUGACCAAAACUUGGCAUUAGACGUGUAUAAAAAAUGCAAUUCGAACGCGAAAGUAAUUUCCACUUUAAUGGCAUUGGGAAGAGUUGAAGAAGCGAACAAAUAAGCGGGAUAAUCAGGAGUGAAUUUAGAUUAUAUGUCAAUGGUAAAAUCUUGUAUUAAUACAAAUCCUUAAUAAGCAGUUUAAAUGGCAAAGAAUCUUUUCACUUAAAACCCUUCUUAAAGUGUAUAAUAAGUGGCUGAAAUUUUCAUUCAGGCUUAAAAAUUUAAAGAAUUAUCUGCCCUUUUAGUUGAUUGUAUGAAAGCAAACAGGCCAGAAGAUGGAAUUUGGUAAACUAAAGUCUUAGAAUGGAAUAUUAUGAAUUAACCGAAUGUUGUUGAUGCAAUUUUUGAAAUUACUAAAUGGAAUUAAUAUAAUAGAGUUAGAAUUGCUUAAUUGUGUGAAUAAAAAUAAUUAUUCUAGAAAGCUAUUGAGAAUUAUCCGGAUGUUAAAGAUAUUAGAAGGGUUUGUUUAAAUACUUAGUCAAUUCAAUCUUAAUGGCUUGUUAAUUAUUUUAUUAAUUAAUAAACUGAAAUCACAAUGCCUUGUUUAUUAGAUUUAUUAAAGCAUAAUAGAUAAAAUUUGUAGAUUGUGGUUGAAACUUGUGUUAAAGGUCAUUAGAAAUACACUAUUUAAAUUUGUAUUAAAUUAUUUGAAUAAGUAGGAUCUUUUGAAGGUAUUUUCUUGUUCUUAAGUUAAAUUAUUAGUACUACUGAAGACUAAGAUAUUUAUUUCAAAUAUAUUGAAGCAGCUGCUAAAUGCAAUCAAUUAAGAGUCGUUGAAUAGAUUAUUUAAGAAAAACCCAAGUGCUAUAAUCCUGAAAAAGUUAAGGAUUUCCUCAAAAAUAUGCGCCUUCCAGACCCGAAGCCUUUGAUUUUCCUUUGCGAUAUUCAUAAAUAUGUAGAAGAGCUUAUUUAAUAUUUAUAUAAAAACAAUUUCUUUAAUUACAUAUAAGUAUAUCUUUUUUAAGUAAACCCAUAAGCAACUCCGUAAGUAUUAGGAGCUUUAAUUGACUAAGGGUGCGAAGAAAGACAAAUAAUAUUCCUCCUUCAUCAAUUAGGAAGUAAAAUACCAGCCCCGACCGUAGAUUAAUUAAUUGAAGAAUUCGAAAAAAGGAAUAAAAUAAAACUUUUGGAAGCUUGGUUGGAAGCUAGAACUAUGGAAGGUAAUUAACUUCCUUCAAUCCAUAAUGCACUCGCAAAGAUAAAGAUCGAUACAAAUUAAGACCCUGAGAAUUUCCUUACUAACAACUAAUUCUAUGAUGCUAAAGUAGUUGGUAAAUUUUGUGAAGAAAGAGACCCACAUUUAGCUGUUAUCGCGUAUAAACGUUCCUGGGGUGAGUGUGAUGAAGAAUUAAUUCAAGUAACGAAUAAAAAUUCGCUAUUUAGAUUAUAAGCAAGAUAUUUAGUGGAAAGAUAAAGUGAAGAAUUAUGGCAAUAAGUCCUUUCUUAGGAAAACACGUACAGAUAAUAGGUUAUUGAUCUCGUUAUUACAGCACUUAAUGAAUGUAAAGAGGUCGAAUAAGUAUCUACUGCAGUAAAAGCAUUCAUGGAUGCUGAUUUACCAGAAUAUUUAAUGGCUUUAUUGGAAAGAAUAGUAGUACAUAAUCCAGAAUUCGGAUAAUAUAAAAAAUUAUAGAAUCUUUUAAUCACUACAGCUAUAAAAACUGACUAAAGUAAAGUUAUGGAUUACAUAAGCCGUUUAAAUAAUUAUGAUGGUGAAAAAAUAGCCGAAGUUGCACUUUCUCAUCCGUAUUUAUUAUUCGAAGAAGCCUUCACGAUUUAUCACAAAUUCAAUUUAAAUGCAAAAGCGGCAGAAGUUUUAAUUUUCCAUAUUUAAGAUAUGCCGAGAGCCUCAGAAUAUGCUCAAAAAUAUAAUAAUCCGGAAAUUUGGACUAAAUUAGGUCAAGCCUAUAUACAAAAAGUGCAAAUAGAGGAUGCUGUCGAAUGUUUUUUGAAAGGAAGAGAUCCUUAGAAUUUCGCAGAAGUAAUAAAUUAAGCUGAAAUGUAGGGAAAAUAUGAAGUUUUAAUAAAAUAUUUAUAAAUGGCAAGAGAAACAAUCAAAGAUUAAAUAAUAGAUAAUUCUUUAGCCUUUUCAUUAGCUAAAUGCGACAAAAAUAAUGAUUUAGAGAAUUUCUUGUCAAAUCCAAAUUCUAUUGAUGCUUAAAAAGUAGGAGAAAGAUGCUAUGAAGAAAAACUUUACGAAAGUGCAAAACAUCUUUUCGUUUCGAUUAAAAAUAACGCAAAAAUAGCAUCGUGUUUAGUCCGUUUAAAACAAUUCUAAUAGGCCAUAGAAAGUGCUAAAAGAGCAAAUACACCAAAAACUUGGAAAGAAUUAACAAUUGCAUGCAUUGAAGCUGGUGAAUUUAAACUGGCAUCAGUCGCUUCUAUGUAUAUUAUUAUGAUACCAGAUUAUUUAGAAGAACUUAUUGGACAAUAUGAAGAAUAUGGAUCUGAAAUGUAGAUGAUUUAACUUUUAGAAACUAGUUUGAGUAUGCCAAGGGCUCAUGUAGGUAUCUUUACUGAAUUAGCUAUUUUAUAUGCGAAAUAUAAACCAGAAAAGUUAAUUGAACACCUAAGAAAUUAUACAUAAAAAAUAAAUACUUCUAGAGUUUUAAGAAUUUGUGAAAAAUAUUAAUUAUGGGCAGAAGCAAUAUUUUUAAACGCAAGUUUCGAUUAAUGUGAUAAUGCAAUAAACAUAAUGAUAGAACAUUCACCAUAUGCAUUUAAUCAUGAUUAGUUUGUUAAUUUAUUAAUAAAAGCUCAUAAUUUUGACCUUUAUUAUAAAUCGAUUCUUUUCUAUUUAGAUGAAUAGCCAGAUCUUUUAAAUGAUCUAUUAAAAUCUUUAACUACUAAAAUAGAUUUAACUAAAUGUGUCUAAAUUAUGAGAAAAACAGGGUAUAUAGGAUUAAUUGUUCCUUUCCUAAAAUAAGUUUAGAAUUCAAACAGUAAAGAAGUGAAUGAAGCGUUGAAUGAGAUUUAUGUAGAAUCUUAAGAUUAUGAAUCUUUACAUGAGUCUAUUUCUUAAUAUGAAAAUUUCGAUUAAAUAUCGUUAGCUAAACUUACUGAAAAACAUAGAUUGUUAGAAUUUAGAAGAUAAUCAGCCUUUUUAUAUAGGAGAGUUAAAAAAUAUGAAUUUUCUAUAGCUUUAUCUAAAUAAGAUAAGAUUUAUAAAGAUGCUAUAGAAACUGCUUAGGAAUCAGGAAAAAUUGAACUUGUAGAAGAUUUAUUAAGAUUCUUUGUAUAAGAAUAAGAAAAAGAAAUGAUCACUGUAACUCUUUAUACUUGUUAUGAUUUAAUACGACCUGAUGUGGCUAUGGAAAUUGGUUGGAGAUAUAAUCUUAUAGAUUUUGUUAUGCCUUAUUUUGUAUAAAUAAUGAGAGAAAUUAACAAUAGAGUUGAAAAUGUACUAAAGAAACAUGAUAAAAGGGAAAAAGAAGAAGAGAAAAAAAAAGCUACUGAGUAAUAAAAUCCUUAAAUGAUGAUGCCGCCUGCAGAAAUGCUUCCAUUCAAUCUUAUGUUACCUCCUCCUCCUGGUACUAUGCCUGGAAUGAUGCCUCCUAUGGGAAUGAAUACUAUGCCCGGAAUGAUGCCUGUUUAAUAAGAUAUGGGAAUGAAUAAUAUGUAAGGAAUGAUGAAUACUAUGCCAGCAGGUAUGGGCAUGUAAUAUAAUCCUUAUGGUUGAUGAUCUUUUAUUUUCUUAUUUUUUUUUAGAUAUAAAUAU